GACAGACCAUCAAUUUCAAGCAAGACGAAUGAUCGAGACUUUGUAAUCCAGCUUGUGAAAAGAUGCAUCUUUUUUCAGAUGGCAUCAUCAACGCAAACCCCUCCAUCCCAGGUUGUGCAUUUUGAUAGCAGCAAUAAUGCUUCCAAUAGGCGGAGUCAAGGUUCAACUGGUAGGAGUAAAUCCUGGCCAGCAAGGCGGCACACGCCCUACACAAAGACCCCAAAAUCCAGACGGCUUCAUGGGAAGACCAGCAAGUUAGAGAGGACACCAGUCCUCCCAGUUGGCGAGGCACACUCUCUGAAGAAUCUCUUGAAUAAAACAUGGCAUGUGUAUCAGGUGACUCCACUCAACAACUUCCAGCAAACUACAGCGGCUCUGAGGAAAUACUCAAAGCAUCUAUCCGCCGCUCUUCAGGCAGAAUCUCAAAAGGGUAUCGGAGUGGACCUGGAGAGUGAGGUUGGCGACCGUGCAAUUUUCAAUAUUUACAAAGGACUGGUCACUUCUGAUGAUAACACAAAGGCAGUAGAGUUGACCAUCAAGGCCAAAGGUCAAGGGCGAGGGGUCAGCGCCAGGGUCAUCUGCCAUGCGAUACUGUGCUCCGUUGGAGCUGAGCGUAGACACCCGAUCGCCGACAGGUUGACCGUGCUUCCUGUGCUGAUGAUUAAAGGGACUGCAACAGUCACAAGAUAUGUGGUCUCCUGGCUGCAGACACAUUUUGAUUGCCACAUCAAGAGAAUGACCUUUAACCCCAUGGCCCUUAUGUGGAUGGUGUCAAUGUGGGCCGGUGUUUCCACAGGAGUCAAGAGCAAACCAGUUGAGCUCCUGUACACCUUCCCCUCAGAACUUGAGGGACUAAGUCGAGUGUCGUUUACGAUAGAAGCUGCAAACGCCAAGAAUGUUUGGGACAGUAUUCAUGAUGGGGAGUCGGCAGACAUCACAUCUGACGAGGUUUCAGCCUUCAUCAAGGCACUGGAGGUUCACUUCUUCCAGCAUUUCAAGGUUCACCUGUCUGGACUGACAUUGUCAAGAAUUGGGACACCCCUAGUCUACAUUGGCUCUGAAGGCAGACUGAAAAUACUCGCAGAGAGUGCUGUGCAUGGAGUAUUGCAGCACAUAACCGAGCUUGCAAUGGACAACUUUUGAAGUCAUGUUGAAGCCAAAAGCAUGCUGAAUAUGAAAACAAAUGUGACGGUAAACGCAGCAAGAUGGAGAAAUAAAGGAAACCUGAGUUUUGGAAAGAGAGUUUUAUGAGACAGCCAUCGAUUUCACCAAUUUCUUCCUAACUUAGGAUUAAUCUUAGGUAUUAGGACGAGAUAAGUUCCAUAUCCAACGACGUAUCAGGCAUUGAACCCAUCCCGAUUGGUUAAGGCCAAGGCACACUGCAGCGAUAAUGAGAACAUGUCCUGCAUUUGUAUCGUUUUUGUUCUCGUUAUCGGGGCCCGUGUGACCGGGUCUUACUCAUCCUAACUUGAGAUAGGAAUAUUCUUAGCGUUUCGUGAAAUCGGCUGCAGGUCACUCUGUCCAUCUUGUACACAGAGCUUGAACUUCAAUCUUGAAUGGGUGUGAUAAUGUAACCCGGAGGCUGCUGUCAGAGCAUUCAGCAUCAACCACUGUGGUUAUAAAUAAAGGAAGAAAAGGGUAGUGACGAGUUCUUUAACGGCUGUUUAAAACCGGCAGGGUCGUUGCCGUGUGAUAAAGGCCCGAACCCAAGGCGAGGGCCUUGAUCGCACGGCAGCGACCCUGCAAGGUUUUAAACGGACGAGUCACUACUCUUUUAUUCCCAUUCAUAAAUGCCCUUUUGUUAAAAAACGAAGAAACAAAAACAAUUAUAGACGCUUUGACAAUUGAAAGAUUGAGGUUUGAAUUUAUUUUUUUCAAAAACUUUGUGAAUAAUCUGUUUGAUGCGCGUGGUUUGUGUGUACAGAAACUGUCUGGGGUAAUUAUGAAUAACAGUUGGCAGUCAUGUCUUGUGAAGGGUACGGUAUGCUCAAUGAAAAAGGGAUAUUAGUUUGUAAAUUUGUAAAAAUGUACAGCGAGGGACCAAAUUGUUGUAACGCCCCUUUGGUAUGUUGUCAGCACAUGCUGUCAACCUUUUUCCACAGGUUAAUGGGUUUGUUAUGUAUUUAGUUAAUUGUUUGUAGUUAAGUGUGUUGUUUAGUCCGGGUACUGCCUGGGUUGAUUUAAGUUUAAUUGUUUAUUUAAUUAAGUUUUAUAAUUUGUUUGCAUCUACCAUUGACAAUUGACAUGAGCAUUUGGUACACAAAGAUAUUGGCAGAGUUUUGUGCUGCCCCCCCCCCCCCAUCUAAAUAAAUCACAGACUCCUGUGUUGAUUGACACCCCCUCUAAAAUGUAUGGUAUGGUCCAGCUUAUGAUAUCAAGGCUAUGAGCUGACCAGAGUGUACGAGGUGGUCAAGAAAAUGGAAAUAUUAAUAAUAUAUCAGCCAGUGCUACUCGAGCGGGUGAAACAAAUUAACAGCCAUGCUUUUAAAACAUAAUUAUGAUUCACCCCAAUUGCAUGAUUUUGAAAAACUAGCUUUACAACUGCCAUUGACGGCUAGAGUAAAAAUUACAACAGUUUUGAGACAUCUACAUAUAUCUAUAUCUAUUGAAAAAUUAGCUAACCACAAAACUUAAUUCAACCUGGGUUCCCCUCCUUAUUAUUAGUUAUGUUCUCUUUAUUGUAAUAACGAGGUGGCAGUCUAAAAAAACCAUUCUACAUUUUUCUGGUUUGUUUAAAGGCAGUGGACACUAUUGGUAAUUGUCAAAGACUAGCCUUCA